AUGAGUCCAAAUAUAUCAAACAUUACGACGACUAUAACGAGUCAAUUGAGAGAGACUUUUGCGAUGCACUCAUCAGUGCUAAGAAUGACGCCCUCAGAGACGGCANAUAACGAGUCAAUUGAGAGAGACUUUUGCGAUGCACUCAUCAGUGCUAAGAAUGACGCCCUCAGAGACGGCAAAGAGUCCGCACCCUAUCUGACCGAUGAUAACCUCUCGAUGACUAUUUUUGACAUGUUCUUCGCCGGAACCGAUACCUCUCAGCAGACAUUUCAAUGGCUUUUGCUAUUUAUUUGCUAUUAUCCAGAAAUGCAGAAAAAGUUGAGACAAGAGAUUGAGUCCCAAAUCGGAGACCGAAUGCCAACACAUGAGGACAGGAAUCGAUGCCAUUAUGUCAUGGCCUUCAUCGCUGAGACGCUAAGAACAAGAAACGUCGCGCCCACAGGUGUCCCCCAUAAAGCUCUUGUUGAUACUAAACUUGAUAAAUACACAAUACCUGAAAAUAUGGGAGUUUUUGUAUACCAGGGAAUCAUUUUACGAAAUGAUAGCGAUUGGGAAAAUGCCGAUGAAUUCAAACCCGAGAGGUUUAUUGAUAGUGAGGGACAGUUCAUCACAACCCGUCCCAAAGCAUUCAUACCCUUCGGUGUGGGCCGUCGUGUCUGUCCGGGAGAGAAGUUAGCCAUCGCUGACCUGUUCCUGGUUUUGGUCCGAUUUCUUCAGUCUACACAAGACUACGAUAUAGUGCUCGACAGUAACGGCGGUAUAGAUCCCGACCCUAAUGUUGCCGACAAUAUAGCCCCUGCAGAAUAUAAAAUUAAAUUGGUUAAAUUGUAA